CAACUUCUGUGCCCUUUUCGGCGCACCCAAGAACUUAUAUCCUCGUGAUUCUCCACCCGAUUGCUCUCAUCCUUCGUGUUUGCAAAUGUUUAUCCAAGCCAGCAUAUUCCUCAGCUGAUCAGAAAUCAGCGUGCCGAGGCAGUUCCCCAGAUUACAGGGUAGUUCAGCGCUAGUGGGAGUCGGAGACCCGAGGAGGUUCUCCUCCACUGUUGUCUCCUCAUAAAUCCCCUCCGCAUUCUUUCUUACCUUUCCAUUUUCUCUCUAUCUCUUACUUUGAUCAAACAUUUGUCUGCCUGUUGACCAUUGAUUGUAUCUCUGCCAGAACAACUCUUCCGCGACAAACAACAGAUCAAUACGAUGGCUUCACCUCAGCAACUUCGUACUACGGUCACCGAUCUUCUCAAGAUCAAUCAUCCAGUUCUGCUUGCUGGCAUGAACGUCGCGGCUGGCCCCAAGCUUGCAGCAGCAGUGACCAAUGCAGGAGGUCUCGGCGUCAUCGGAGGAGUUGGCUACACACCAGACAUGCUCCGCGAGCAGAUCGCAGAACUCAAGUCCUUCCUCAAGGACAAGAAUGCACCAUUUGGCGUCGAUCUCCUUCUGCCACAAGUCGGAGGAAGCGCACGGAAAACAAACUACGAUUACACGAAAGGAAAGCUUAACGAAUUAGUCGACAUCAUUAUCGAUUCGGGUGCCAAACUUUUCGUUUCCGCCGUCGGUGUUCCUCCUCAACAUGUCGUCGAUCGACUCCACAAAGCGGGCAUUCUAUAUAUGAACAUGAUCGGACACCCAAAGCACGUUAAGAAGUGCCUUGAACUCGGUGUCGAUAUCAUUUGCGCACAAGGUGGUGAAGGCGGUGGACACACUGGCGAUGUUCCCACAACUGUUUUGAUCCCAGCUGUGGUGGAUCUUGUUAAGGGAAAGACCAGCCCGAUGACUGGCAAGCCCGUUCAGGUCAUUGCGGCUGGUGGUAUCUAUAAUGGACAAACAGUUGCUGCUGCUCUUAUGCUUGGAGCUAGCGCUGUUUGGGUUGGUACCCGAUUCAUCUUGACAGAUGAGGCUGGAGCACCAAAGGCGCAUCAAGAGGCCGUCAGAACUGCCGGCCAUGAUGACAACGUCCGAACAAUUAUUUUCACUGGCAGACCUCUGCGAGUACGAAAUAAUGCCUAUAUCUCCAACUGGGAGGAGAACAGAGCUGCUGAGAUUAAGGAGCUCACAAGCAAGGGUGUUAUUCCAGUGGAGCAUGAUUUUGAAACAUUGGGCGAUGACAUUGAUGAUGAUACUAUGGAUAACGCAAGACCAUUCUUGAUGGGCAAGGCCGCCGCCGUUGUGAACGAGAAGAAGAGCGCCAAAGCUGUUGUUGAUGAGCUGGUCAGCGACGCUGUUGCAUGGAUCCACAAGGGUGAGAAGAUGACCGCAAAGCUGUAGAUGCUCUUGAGUCAAAAAUUGGGAAUGGCACUUGGUUAUCAUAAUUCAUGAGGGCUUGGGACAUUGUAUGAAUUAGAAUAUUGCAUGCUCUCGUCGCAACUUUUUGGAAUGUCCUUCAAUCCCUUGUCUGUUGGUUCCAUAGUAGAGACUUGGCACAUCCAAUAUGCAAGGGGAAAUUCAGAUCAUUCAAAUUGUGCUACAUGGAGAACAAUAGAUAGUCCGUCUGUAGACGGGACAAUUGAACGCGUGUAUUGUGCGG